UUCCUUUAUAGUCUUGAUCAUAGAAAUCAAGUGGAGAUUACAAUUUACAUUUACAGGGAAGGUUAGAGAGAGAAUCUGUGUGUGUCCUCUAGGGUUAGAGUAGAGCAGACAGAGAUUACGUUUUUCUGCUUCGAUGAUGAUAAACAGCAUCUUCAUAUAAGGUAGCCUUGAUUGAGUUCAUUUGUUCUUGAAAAAUGUUGAACCGAAAUUCAUUAUCAAGAACUGGAAAUUUCUUGCCCGAAAAACUUGGCCAAGAUGUUGUGAAACUAAUUAGCAACCUCUGUUUCACCAUUUUCGUGAUCGGAGUACUGGUUUUCACCAUUAUAGCUGCUACAUACGAGCCGGAGGAUCCACUCUUUCUUCCGUCGAACAAACUAACAAAUUUCCUCACCUCGACUUCAAACGCGACGUUCAAAUCCGACAACUCGGUUGUUAGAACGGGAGAGGACUUCAUGCCUGCAAACCAAACCGAUUUCGCAAACUUCAUAAAUGUAACCGAUUUCGAAACAUUGGAGCCCACGAAGGUUAAUUGUGAAGGUGAAAUCGAUUGCACUGAUCCUGAAGUUUUUCAACUUAUGAUGAAGUCGGCUAUUGAGCGUUUCAAUGAUAUACAUUUUUACCGUUUUGGAAAAUCUGUUCGCGGCGAUAUGGAUAAUUCUUGCCACAUGGCGUGGAGGUUUAGGCCCAAGGAAGGAAAGGCGGCUGCAUUUUAUAAGGAUUAUCGGAGCUUCGAGAUUUUGAGAUCGGAGAAUUGUAGUAUGAGCGUCGUUUCGAUCGGAGAGUAUCAUUCAGGUCAGAAUGCUCGAAAGAGAAAAAGGAAGAAUGAAAAGGCUGGUUUUGAGAAAGAACAACCGUCGGUUAAUCUUCCGGUGGUCGGGGAGACCGAUGGGGUGAACGAUACCCUUCCCGUGGUUGAAUCUCGGGGGUCAUUUGGAACCGGGAAGUACUUGGCGUACGUGGGCGGAGGGGAUCGGUGCAAGAGCAUGGAUCAUUAUCUGUGGAGUUUCAUGUGUGCGUUAGGGGAAGCGAAAUAUUUGAACCGAACUUUGGUUAUGGACUUGAGUGUUUGUUUGAAUUCGAUCUACACUUCCUCGGGUCAAACCGAAGAAGGGAAGGAUUUUCGAUUCUAUUUCGAUUUCGAGCAUUUGAAAGAAUCGGCCUCGGUUUUAGACCACUUUCAAUUUUGGUCCGACUGGAAGAAAUGGCAUCGGAAAGACCAUUUACGUCUCCAUCUCGUCGAGGAUUUUCGUAUAACCCCGAUGAAACUAACCGACGUCGAGGACACAUUGAUCAUGAGGAAAUUUGGAAUGGCGGAGCCGGAUAAUUAUUGGUACAGGGUUUGCGAAGGGGAGACGGAAUCCAUUGUGCAAAGGCCGUGGCAUUUGGUGUGGAAAUCGCGACGGUUAAUGGACAUAGUUUCGGCGAUCACGGCUCGGCUAAAUUGGGAUUUCGAUUCGGUUCAUAUAGUGAGAGGAGAGAAGGCAACGAAUAAGGAGGUUUGGCCGAAUCUAGAAACGGAUACUUCUCCCGAAUCGAUUCUCUCCGUUCUGUCAGAGAGAAUCGAUGACGGGAGGAACGUAUACGUCGCGACUGAUGAACGGGACGUGUCGUUUUUCGACCCGUUGAAGGAUAAAUAUACUACACAUUUUCUGGAGGAAUAUAAAGAUUUGUGGGAUGAGAAUAGCGAGUGGUAUUUGGAAACGAAGAAGCUUAACAACGGAGUCGGGGUUGAGUUUGACGGUUAUAUGAAGAAUUUGGUUGAUACGGAAGUGUUCUUGAGAGGAAAGAAGCAGAUUGAAACAUUUAACGAUCUCACUCGGGAUUGUAAGGAUGGAAUUAACACUUGCACUUUGUAACACUUUGUAGUUUUCUUGAACUUAAAAACCUCUUCUUGGAAAAAAUAGACAUUUCUUUGAAUCCCACUAUUAAGGAUGUUUGGUUUAAAGAA